AGCUGAUCACAUUGUGGUCUAGUAUAUAAUAUACGUUUUUAACUUUAGUUAUAUUGGCGUAAAUAAAGUUGAUACUUAUAAUGUGUGAAUUGUGAUGUUGUCUUGUUUUUUUGUGUGAAAUUUUAACCAUGACGUCAUUAAUAGACAAAAUUGAGCAAUUAAUUAAAAGGGAAAAAACAACACCUGAUCGCAAAAAAGAUGACACCAAAAAAUCUUCGAAUGAAAUACUCUCCGAACUAUUUAGUGCUUUUAAUGCAGACCCACCGAAGUUAGAAAAUAUAACGUCUAAGAAAUCAAAGAAAAGCAAGAAGAAACACAAGAAAGAAAAGAAAAAACGCAGCCGAAGUUCUAGCAGUAGUGAUUCCGAUGGUGAUUAUUCUCGCAAACAUAAAAAGCGGAAAAAGAGUAAAUCAAAAAAGAGCAGAGCAGGUCGCACCCCACCAGUUCAUCGAAUUAAGGAGCCAGUUAAGGUUAAGUCUGAAAGUGAUACAAAAAUAAAAUCUGAACCCAUUGUUAAACGAGAACCUCAAAUUAAAGAAGAGUAUAGAAUAAAGCGCGAAGAACGGACUAAAGUUAUAAAAAAAAGUGCGAGUUUUGAGCGUAGCUUAUCACCACCACUUCCAGCACUUGAUGCUAGCCUUAUUCCGAUGCCAGAAUCUCCAAAAGAUGAAAAACUUGAUGCUAGCGAUCUGCGUUAUAAGCUUGAGAAAAAAAGUGAUUCGGAAAAUGACAAAGCCAAAGGUAAGAUUCAAAUAAAGAAUUUGAAAUUUAGUGCUGUCUUUGAAGAGACGGUUAAGAAAGCUGAAGAAGAGGCGAGGAAAAAAGCUGAAAAAGUAGAGGAUGGAGAGUACACAGAUACGUCCAGUAGCUCAGGGAAAGAUGAAGACUCUAAUUCACAAUUCCCUAAGUCAUCAGACCCAGGUGGAAUAUUAAAAAAAGCAGCAGAGGAUAUAAAACUCCCUGAUGCAGAUGAAAAGUCAUCAAAGAAAAGUAAAAGUGACAGCUCACAUAAGUCAUCUAAACGAGACAGGAGUAAAUCCAAAGGAAGGUCCGAAAGUAAGAAACGCUCACGGUCUCGUUCACCAUCUCGCCGGCAUAGACAUAGAUCAAGCUCAAGAUCUAGACGGAGAAGCCACUCGAAGAGUUCCAGGAGACGAAGAUCUGAAUCUAAGUCUAGAUGGAAGACCAGGUCGAGAAGCAGACAUAGGUCAACAUCAAGAAGUCGGCACUAUCCGAGACAUCCAUCCCCUCGGCAUAGAAGUAGUAGAAGCGGUGUGAAGUUAGCGGACAGUGAGAAGAAACGCCUGCUGGAAGUGGCAAGGCGUAAUGCCAUCAAUAUGCUGAAGAAUGGUGCAGUCCCAGCUGGGGCAGCGGUUCUACCGCCACACACAAGAAAUCAGGUCAUGGCUGCUAUACAGUCUGGAGGGAAAUCGGUGGACGAAUUAACGGAUUUCUGCAAGCAUCUAUCGAAAAAGGAGGCUCUUGGUGAAUUAUCGUCUGUGUCGUCCAACGAGGGCGACAGUGACAACGAGGAUACUAUUGCAUUCCACCAUCCAUUCCUUGUUAAGGAGAAAGCGCCCAUUGUUAUGAAUAUAAGGGGUGGGGCGCCACUCCCAUUGAAGUCGAGUACAUUGCCAAUAGCCAAUAAGGACGAGCUAAGGCUUCAGUUUCCGGUCUCUUCCGGAAGUCAGCAUCGGGAAAAAGCCUCUGAAUGGGUUCCUGUUUCGCCUAAAAAGGAUAAUAUGCAAAUUGCGAAGCUGAAUUCUAAACCGGAAAAACUUCAAUUGGGUUUCGAUGCUAUUAACAAUAAAAACGAACCACUGGCUUUACCGGCUCCAUCGACAACACCUCCAGCCUAUAUGAAGAGUUUUACUACUGGGAGUCAUUUGACCUCAGUUCCGGCUUUGAUGCCUCCCGGACCUCAAGUAAUGCCCACAGAUCAUCCAGCUGUGGACAUGGCCGCUAUCGUUACUCAAAAGCUGUCAUUGCUUCGCAAGGAACAAGAGGAAAUUGAAUUAACUGCAACUAGUGGUUUCGGUUGGUCAGCUAGUUCUCUCGGUCAGUUUACGGGGUCGACAGGAGCAAACAUACUCACGCCGAGGGAACUCGCUUCGGGGAGUCAGGCUUGGGCUAAGAAGGACCAACUCGUUCGAGCUGCCCCGGUUGAGGGGGGUAUGGGGAUGCACCUUCUCCAGAAGAUGGGUUGGACGCCCGGCAAAGGCCUGGGUAAGGAGGAAUCUGGGACGUUGCAGCCUCUUUUACUUGAGGUCAAGUUGGAUACAAGAGGUUUACAGGCUAAAGAAGAGAUGAAACAAAGUAGGAUGGGUAGACGAGGCCCGGCGCCCCUAAUAGCGGGUGGAAAGCACCCGGUCUCUUUGCUCGGAGAAUAUUGUUCCAAGCACAAGUUGGGGCCGCCGGAAUACAACCUCUGCUUUGAAUGUGGUCCGGAUCAUAAGAAAAACUUCCUUUUUAGGGUAAAAGUAGCUGGGGUGGAAUAUCAACCAGCUAUUGCGAGUGCGAAUAAGAAACAAGCGAAAGCCGAUGCGGCCCAACUCGCUUUACAAAAACUUGGUAUCGUUACGUAACAAUAUAUAAUUUUUAUAUGUGUUAUCUUACUGGACUGAUUUCAAUGAAAUUUGUAGCGGUUAAAAACCUAUUUAGUACAAAUUGGUGCAACAGUAAUUCUUAUAUAUUAAGCACCGCUUGUGUCAAUUAAAAGUGACAUUUGAUAUUUGUACAUAGGCGGUUUUCACGAAAAUUAUUAAAAGCGUUUUUUCUAGGCUACGUAUAUCGCAAUAAAUAUCCGUUUGACGUAAGGGGCUUUGACUUACCUUAGAAGUCUGUCGGGUUAAGAUAUGGUCCAAGAGAACAAUGCUAAAGUUGUUGUGGAUUUGAGAUUUUAUUUUAGACACCCGUUUGCACUUAGAAUAUGCCUUAGACAUACCCGACUUCACACAUUUAGUUUUUAGCCAGAACAUGUGCCAACUAACUUAUCGUAAUUUCAUAUUAUUUUUAGGCAAUAUGUACAAUAUUUUUUUCUUAUAUUUCUUGCCAUAAUCGUUCAUCUCUUCACGCCACAGAGGGCUUACCAUGACGUGUUAGCGCCGAUCCAUUAGUUUUUCAUUAUCAUAUAUAAUAAUGGUCACGUGACUACUACUAAAACCUCGUUCUGGGCGUGUCCUAUUAAAAAAUAAUUACUUGUUUUAAUAUAUCAACGAUAAUAUCGUAUGACAUCCAUUCUAGGCCAGAGACAACAUAACCGGUUAGCAGAUGGCCAGUUGCAGGUCAGCGGGAUUCACUUGGCAGAUAUUGACAGUCAUGGUGGGCCCCGAAGUUUAUUAAAAAGUUGUUGAUACUUAAAGAUA